CCCCAUGCUUCUAUGAUUUGUUGACCUCUCGACUACUGCUUUAGUUUUCUUGCUUUUCGUCGGUGUUUCUUUGAAAAUGACGGUGGAUCUGAUGAGUUUACCAAAGAUAGAUGAUCAAACAGCCAUACAAGAGGCUGCAUCGCAGGGCGUGAAGAGCAUGGAGCACCUCAUCACCCUCCUUUCUCAACAGUCAAACCGCGCCGACUGCGCCGACGUUGCCGACAUCGCCGUCUCCAAGUUCAAGAAGGUCAUCUCUCUAAUCAACAGAAACGGUCACGCCCGAUUCAGACGUGGACCUGUUCAGUCCUCUUCCUUUUCCUCCCCGUCCUCAUCCUCUGCUUCUCUAACUGAUGCUAAUUCCCAAAAGUCUUUGAUUCGAGCUCCGGCUCCGGUCGAAGCCACAAGUGUAACUCCUAGUUUCGUUCCUUCGCAGCCGCUGAGUUUGACUCUCGACUUUACAAAACCUAGUUUGUUUAGCUCCAAAUCUAAAAGUACAGAGUUUGAGUUUACGAAGGAAAAUUUCAGCGUGUCCUCCAACUCAUCAUUUAUGUCUUCUGCCAUCACCGGGGACGGCAGCGUUUCAAACUGGAAGCAAGGUUCAUCUCUAUUCUCAACGCCAGCGCCGGCCGUUUCAGCUGGAAAACCACCACUAUCCUCGGUUCCGUUCAAGAAGAGGUGCCAUGAACAUGAGAAAUCAGAUAACGUCUCCGGCGGCGGCAAGUGCCUCUGCUCCUCAAAGAGAAGGAAAAAAAGGGUGAAAAAGGUAAUCAGAGUACCAGCGAUCAGUGCUAAGAUCGCCGAUAUUCCAGCCGACGAGUAUUCAUGGAGGAAAUACGGGCAAAAGCCGAUCAAGGGGUCGCCAUACCCACGGGGAUAUUACAAGUGCAGUACCAUCAGAGGGUGCCCCGCGAGGAAACACGUGGAGCGAGCCACGGAUGAUCCGUCUAUGUUGAUCGUUACUUACGAAGGGGAGCACCGCCACUCUCAACCCGCGGCGCAGGAGAAUAUGGCCCCUGGUGUGGAACUGGUCUUCAAGUCAGCUUGAUUAGCCAAAUAAUAAAUUCUUCAAGGAAGUAUGACUUUUUUGUAAUAUUUUGGGGGUGGAUGUAAAUUUUUUUUUCUUUUCUCCAGACGAAAAGAGUAGACUAGUUGAGAUUGUGGGAAUCAAUCCUUAGAAGUGAAGUUAAAAUUAAAUUAUUUGUUUAUUGAUUACGUUUUUGGGUGGUGAUGAUAUUAAUAAUACCAUAAUAAUUGUAAGA